AUGUUGGAAGGCAAUUAUGCAGGCAUUUCCGACGAAAGUCACGCAGCAAUGCUUGGACGUGUCGAAGCGUCUAUCAUGGGCGAGAGCGCUCUGAUUGAUCGUGAAACUGGCCGAGUCUACUGGGAAGGAGGCUCUGGAUCCACUACGUUGUUUGAAAGCUUUGGACCAAAGAUGGAUCAAUAUGGAUUGGAUCAUGCACAGACAGCUUUAUUCACAGGAUUGAUUACUCUUGCUUUUUUGGGUGUCCUUGCUGGAUGGAUGCGCCAGUUGCUGGAUCAGUGGGCCCUGAAUACCAAUACUCAAUCUGCUCCAAUGAAUUUGAUGUUUCGAAUUGUCACGUGGACUAUUUUGCGGCUCCCACGCAUUGAAAACCGAUGGCUUGUGAUCGCUUCUAUUGCCCUCUACCUGAUAGAGUCUUACUGUUGUGGUACGCGAUAUUACUUGGCAAACGCAUUGUCCAGUCAAGAAGAGCUGGAAGAGUACAUCAAUCAACUCCGAAUCGAAAAUCCUGUGGUGACCUGGAAUGUGAGCUCGUUUCACUUUGAAAAACGCAAGAUCUUUGCUCUAUCUGAUUUCUUGCGGUCAUUGAAAAGAAAACUGAGCUGGCAGGCAGAUGCUGUUGACAUGGUUCUCGCGCAUAAGAACCGCAAGUCCAUGUUUCCAUUCACCAAGAAGGUUGUAACGCAUCGGGCAACCGCAACUUAUCAAUAUAACGGCUGUCUCGACAGUACCAUGGCAGGCAUUUGGCGACGUGCGAGAAUCAUGUCGACGAAUAAUGCUCCCUUUGCCAAAAUUGCCCUCACAGUCCUAUUAGUGCUCGCAGACAAGAAAUCAAGAGAAGAUUACUUUAGACAACAAUCAGAUUUCGUGAGUGAACAUGGUAGAGGGGAUGAAUUUACAGAGUUUGCAACUCAAAUACAAGUCAAGGGUUGCAAACCUUGUAUUUUGGCGGUUCGUCCAGUUGAUGGAGUAAUGUCGACAAGAUUAUUCCGGUUGCAAUCAUUCUGGUUCUGUACUUUCCUUGGCCUUACACUACCAUACAGAAUUUGGUUCAAGCGUCGAUGUGAUUUCUUGCGGUUAACGAUUGUCAAGGAAACUUCUUCCUAUACUAAACCUGGGUCAUCGAGUAGAGGUUGGUUUUCGAAAACCCAACCAGCAAAGUCACAUUUUCAGUCCUUCAUGCAACGACAAUCGCUGUAUACGUCAGGGGUGGCGUUGAAGGAAAUUGAUUCAGUAGAGACAACAGCACGUCCAGAAGACAAUGAAGAAGAUUGA